AUGAGAAUGCUCAACAACGCGGAUAUUAUAAAUUAUCUUAUGGAACAGGACGAUCGCGAUGAACAAAGCACGAAGAAGAAAAAAACAGUCGACGAGUCAACUGAUGCGAAUCCAGAUAAAGAUAACAUAUCAAAUAGUGGCACACACACGUACGCUGAUCGUAAACAUAGCGAAGAGAUUUGCUCCGCCUCGUUCGAUGGAUCUGGAAUACUCGCUCACGCGUUCUAUCCUUCAAAUGUUGUCAAUUACACCGCUGAAAUACACGUGGAUGCUGCAGAACUGUGGCAGAUAUAUCUAACCGAAAAAUCUGCUAGAUUAACACACAGUUCGCGUGAAGAUUCCAUAAUGUUCGCAUAUGUCAUUGCUAAUAAUAAGGAUAAAAUCGUUAGACUCAACAUAGAGGACAUUUUAGCCAUUCAACAACUCUAUGGAGAUAAAAAUCCAAAACCAACAACUACACAACCACGUCAACAACAACACCACCAUCAACUACUGAAAUUACAACAGAUAAACCCGAAUGAUACAAAAUACGACGGACCAUACAUACUAAACAGCUGCAUGGAUUUCCUUCCGGAGAAUUUCUCCUCAUCAGCCGCGUAUCAAAGACCUUCGGGUGAACUAGUACUGUUUAUAAAUAAUAUUGUCUACAUGAUCAAGUACCCCAGUUUCAAAUUGAAAGAAGGUUGGCCAAAACGUCUCUCGAGUCUAGGAUUUCCCCCGAACACUUUCAUCGAUACCGUAGUAAAUACUAACAGAGGACAAACCUACGCGAUUUUCAAUGGUAACGACGUGGCGCAGAUAGACGAAUGUAUUUAG